UUGUUUAGAGGUUCUUUAACAUGACAAUAAUGCGCUACCAGUACUACAUGUUGUCUUUGCCGUCCGAGCUGGGUCUGGCACUCCCAGGGUUGCUUUCUUGGUUUGCUUGUUGCAUGAAGCGAUCCAGGUUCUUCAGCUCUGCUAGCUAGCUAGUAGUUCAUGUGGAGUACCGGUAUCAUCUCGAAGAUGAGGACCGAAUCAUGGCUCCACUUCAAGAACCUGUACUAGCUAGUAGUGUGUCUCCAGAGCAGCUGCCGCAGCCAAUCCGUGCGCAUGUCUGGUUGCGAUGUCUCGUUCGCGGUCGCCAGUGGGCUGAAGCUUCCCUGAAGAGUUCUUUCUUCAUAAAAGGGAUUGCAUCAAUUUCCAUUCAUUACAAUUAUGAGCAUCAAGCUGCUUGCAAACGUCGGCGGUUGAAAGUAGAAUAAUACUAACUACAUGUACCACAAAGGAUAUUGCGCUUGUAGGUCUAUACUAGCCAAGACUAAUCUUACUGUAAGUACAAGAUCUAUGCAAAAGGUCAGUCAGUAGCAAUGAGCAUGGCAUAGCUACAAACACACACAAUUAAGCAGGUGUUUAGUAGUAUGCUCCACCAACCCACUCGUUGACAAUGUCGAUCAUGCCCUUUCCUGAGAUGGCGGUGUAGGUGACAAGGGAGGUAAGUCCAACCAUGGCCAAACGUCCGUUGAUAAUUUCGGCUUCCUCGGUGAGGCCGGUCUUGAAAGCGGGCAAGUAUCCGUAUCCUUCUUGGGCCAUGAUCUUGUCGUAGUUGGGGCUGUUUUUGUCGGCAAAGAGAGGAUCACUGAAGGGCAUGGGGCACAUGGCUGCCAUUAGGGAGACUCCGAAGGCGUGGGCGUUGGCGAUGAGGAUGAUGGCACGUUCGUUGGUGAUGGUGUUCUUUCCGGAGAUGGUGGCGAGGGUUCCCCAUUCCUUGAAGUCAAGAGCCAUGUCGGCAUCAGGGAUCAAUCCGUGUCCCUUGCAGUAAGCAGUGGCGCAGAUGAAGAACCAUCCGAACAUGGCGUGACGUCCGUUCCACUUUUCGGCCUGGACGGAAGGUCCCCAUCCCCACUGGGCAAAGCCAGGGAAUUGCUGCUCCCAGUCGGCUACAGCAUCAGAGUAGACCUCAGGCUUGAUAAUGUUCAAUGCAGUUGGGCUGCAAUUCAAGAGAGAGAGUUUGAAAUAGGGGAGAGAGGGAGAGAUCCGUUAGUACCUGCGAAAGCAAUGCAAAGGGCUAGCUAGUCUGUCAUUUCUUCAGAGUCUCUUGCGUACCUGUUCACCUGUUGCUUGACAGGGACGAAAGCAGAGGCGCCGGUGAGGCAGAGAAGAGCAGCGAGAGUUCGGAGAGGGGCCAUCUUGAUACACACUGGAAUAUUGAGCAGAUUGUGAUGAUGGAGCUGCGACUUGCGUCUCCUGCAAAAAGCACGGCCAAUCAAGUUGACCUUCAAAGAUCGCAGCUCAACCUCGAAAGCUCGAACGCAAUUCGCAGACAUGAUGACGUGUCGAAGGUUUUAGCUCUGACCUUAUCAUCACAUGAAAUAGCUUUAGCCUUACUGGAAGUGUCAAGAGCACCUUGGCGACGACCACUGGCCGUUGGCUAUCCUCUAACGGCGAGCCGACAAGUGCCGCCAACAAACAACAUGUUCCCUACACUGUAUCGGAGAGUAAACUCAGCAAACCAAACGGUUGCUAGGAAUCCAAUAAGAAUGUGCAAACAUCAAUCGCAAGAGGUUUGGUUUCUGUCGCCAUUUUGUCGAAUGAUUUGAAUAACUUGGCUGGGCUCUGACUUUGUGAGUUGCUGGCUGCUGCGGUGUUGUUGAUAAUGGGAGACGACAGCGAAUCCUCGAUGGCCCCCCCAUUGGCCCAGGCUGAAGCUGAUGACAUUCUUAUUCUGGGCGAAUUGGUGGGUGCCUACCAGUUGUCAACGGAAGAGUUGGUGACAUCCAAAUUGAAAGUGAAGCAUCUGCGACCCUACUGCAUUGUCAAGUUUGAAGAGAAAACAAUCCACUUUACCAGUCCGGCUGCUGAAACGGGAAGAGACCCCAUUUGGACCAUCUCCACGGGAUCUGUGUUCCUGCUACAAGUGUCUCCCAGUGCACUACUGCACGAGCAACUACAGAUCUCGGUAUGGUCCAAGAAGAAUGUCACCUCCUUACGAGGAGCAGUGCUGCUUGACAUGGAUACUUACUUUCUCGGAAAAAUCAAGAUUCCAGGAACAAGUCUGCUCAAAUACUGCAAUGAAGAAAGAUUGGAGCUGCCUCUACUCGACCUGCAUGGGACACAGGAAUAUGCGGAUAGUUCCAUUGCACUCAGAUUCCGACUGGCAACAGAAUCGGACGUUCGAUUGGUGGAGCUGCUCAGAGCACGGGGCAUUUCACCGCCUGCCUUGUCCUCGCAGACAUCCUUCAGUAGAUCAGAUAGUCAACUUGUCAACCCUGUCAAGGAACUGUUAUUGGUAGAAGGUAGUAAGCUACCCCUUGCAGAAACAGUCACUGAAACCAACGAAUCACAAGUGGCAGGAGAGUUCAUUAGAGACGCCCUGGCUUAUGCAUUCAAAGCAUCCACAAGGAGUGACAGAGAAAGUGGACUCCGAAAACUUAGAAUCAAACCUGGACCGGAUCCUAACCGAGUGGAAGAAACAACUUUCAUGACGGCACUCCAAAUAUCGCAGGAAACUAGAAAGCCAUCUCUACAGUGGGCUGACGCCGGGUCGGGGAGCGUUGGAACACUUCAUCUUGAAAUCCUGUCCUGUCAUGGACUGCCCAAUGUCGAUGUUGGGGAGGCGGUAGGAAACUUGACAGAUAGUUUUGUGUGUGCCGUAUUUGAGGACGUCAUGGUCCAGACGCCAGUGAUUGAUGAUGAGCUCAGUCCUCAUUGGAUGCCGUGGACGCAAAGGGCCUUUAGGAUUGGGAUAGUGCACCCUUCCAGUACUCUCUAUCUGGGAGUAUUGGAUUAUGAUCUGGGACCUGGUGGGCAUGAGCCCAUUGGAAGAGUUGCCGUCAAUCUCACCAACUUUCAGAGCAACACGGCGUACACUCUCAAAUACAAACUGCAUCCAACGUCCGAUCUUUCGGAGCGAGAACCCAAUGGGAUCAUCACCAUUCGGAUAAGAAUAGAGUACAACGACGAAAAGGCUGCGCUUCUUGCCGCACGGCAACCUACGCCCGUGUUCCAUGUCAACACCAGAAAGCACAAGACGUUCAAGGUACUACGCUACACCUGUUUUGGUGAAUAUGAUAUCGAAGAAAAGUUUACUUGGGCCGUCACCAAAUCGUACAUUGGAGAAAUCUUGGAAUAUUGGAGGGCAAUCAAAUUCUACACUGGAGAGUCUUUUUGGUCAUUGGUGUUCUGGAGAGGACAAGUGGAGAUUUGCUCCAUUCGCUUGCCAGUCCAUUCAGCCGUGCUCUUUGUCUCGGGCACCGUCUUGAUCGAAAGACCAGACCUCAUAGUGCCGUUCUACUGUCUCUUUGUAGCAUGGUUCAUGCUUGCUACCAUGAGCCACCGUCGCGCAACUCCGUCACCAUGGCACACAUGCAACUCGUUUUGGCAUUACAUCGAAGUGCUAGCCACCGGGAAGUCAACUACUGGCGUCAAGCAUUACAUUCGACCACAUGAAUAUUCAAAACAAACCGAAGAGUACGACGCUGCGAUUCAUGAGUGGCUGGAACGGUAUCAAAGCAGUCUUGAUUCCAGGGCGGCCAUGGAAGAGAAGUUGAUGUCCAUUGGAGACGAAAACAUUACAACGGCAGUGUCUGGGCAGAUGCUACCGGUCGACCUGCUGGAGAAGCUGGGAAGAUAUCAGGGUAUUGUUGGGAGAAUCUGCACAAGGAUACGAAGGAUCAAGAGCAUCAUCAUUUGGGAGGACAGCACCAAAUCUUUUUGGAUCGCUGCAACCUAUUCGGGACUCGGCCUCGUGGGUCUUCUCCUGCCGUGGCGAUUCAUCCUUUAUCUAGUUGGAAGGAUUGUCGUCUGGGGUUGUCUUGGCCCACACAUGAAGUUCGUGGACAUUUACUUACAACAAUCGAACAAAGACAAAGCUGCUCGAGAGCUUGAAGACUUCCGCCAACAAAGUCGUCUGGCAAGAAUCAGGAGAGAGGAGGCAGUGAAACUCAAAGAUGUGAAGUGUCUUGCCUUUGGGGAGUUUGUUACAUUGGUCCCCAGCGAGAAUCUACCUCGGCAUUAUGAUCGGCCGCUUCAUGAGUCCCUCGCGAGGCAUGUCCCCAACGAGGGCGCCGAUAGAAUGCCUGCGACCAGUAGGAUUCCCGGACAACAAUUGUACGGCGCCAUGAUCCCGCACACCAAGAUAGGCUUUCAGAUGGUUCAGCAGGAAUCAGCGAACAGCCAGACCAGAGUUGCUGAACUUGAACAGCAACUGGCCAGACUGCAAGACAUUGAAGAGCGCCUGUCGUCUCGUGCAGUUGAAACCUCAAUAGACCAAGAGCUUCCUGACGACAUGGGAUACGAGGUUACUCUGUUCGAACACAAACACGAGGAAUCCAUAUCCGACACGAAAGAUGACACGGAAGUUACCGUGUCUCUUUCGCCCACCGGUUUGAAAAGCCAAAACGAGACGUUUGAGAAUUGCUCGACGGGCAGCCCCAAGACGAAGCAUCAGUUUCUGAAGACAACGGCGCGGAAACUUGUACAAGAGCGCCUUGAUGAAGAGGAUGAUGAGGAUCCGGAAGAAGAAGACAGUGAACACGACAGCAAAACAAAUUCUUUGGAAGAACUGAAAUCGCUGGACGACACAAAGUCGUAUCAAUCAUCGUUUGUCAGUCAGCAAGGAUAUGAGGUUGACGAAACCGCCUCCUACAUGACGCCUCUGCAGACUUAUCCUAAGCCCGGCGAGAAUCAACACUACGUAAUGAGCGCAUCCUUCAUGACGCCUUUGCAGGACGAUGAUGGCUCAGAGCCACACCCACCGGAAGAAGAAGAAAGCGAUAGCAUGAAAUCUUUCAUGACACCGUCGCACGAACCUGAUGCGAGGACACAAAACAAUGAUGCUUGCUUCAUGACGCCAGAACAGGACUUCGUGACGCCAGAACAGGACGUUGAAGAAGAGAAAAAAGAAGACGACUGUGCAACUGCGAUGCUUGACCUUCCCGAUCUGAAGACAGACAAGGACAAGGUUGAGGCAGAAACGGUGUACGCGGAGAGCAAGGCAGUAGCCCUGACGAAAGCAAUAGCUGGCUCGUUGGAACGUCGGCUGAAAGGCCCCAGAGGCAAGGCUGCUGAAGAUGCCACUGAGAAAAGCAAUCAACAACAGGAAGAUCUAGACUUGGAACCCAAGACUGAAGAAGCUAAGGCAGAAGAAAAUGACCAACAACCGGAACCUCAGGAUUUGGAACCUCGAGACAAGGCUGUUACCGAAUCUGGGACUGCCACGGAAGAAGACAAUUCACAACUGGAACCUCUAGAUUUGAACCUCGUCAAGAGCAGCUCCAGAUCAAGUCAAGACAAGGCUGCCGACGCUGAAGCCCUUGAUUUGGACGUUGGACCUAGCCCGAAAUCAUGCCAAAGCCAAAUAACUUGGAGUUUCUCCACUGCGACAGAGUUGGCGAGUGAUUGUGGCAGCAGGGACGACAUGAGCCCAAAGGCAGGAACGGUUGCCUACGCUAGAAGCUUCGUGACUGCCCGCGGCAGCUUGAUGAGUGGAAGUGUCGACGCUUCUGAGGUGACUGUCAAAAUGAAGCACAACCUCGAGCAAUUCGGCGACAGGCAAGGAGACACGACACCUGAUUUAAGCGUGAGGAGGACGUGGAGUUCAUCUUCUCUCCAGAAAGAAAAAACCUGGAUAAAGCAGUCGCCCACAGACACCAUCUUCGAAAUGCACACUAGCAAAAUCGAAACAAGGAGAAGCUCUGUCAUCUGCGAAGAGGGCAUGGAAAUCGUUGCCAUGGGCCGCCUUCGCACAAUUGGCGACGAAGACCUCACGUCGGAAGAAGGAGACGACAGCACGACAGAAAAGCCCAAAAAGAACGAGAGCGUGAACUAUGCUAACAAUGCUGGGGCACACGGUCUAUCGGUGCCUUAUAAGGAAUCCAACAGUCAUGUUCAAGUAGCUCAUUUCCGGCCUUAAUCCGAACAAAUUGUGAAAAAGAAAGGAUCAUAGCCGAGAAGUGCAUAAUCCUUGUUAGCUAAUCUAGAUUCAAGCCUUACACAAGCAU